CGGGCAUGUGACUUCAGUUGUAAGUUGUAACCGUGUCAGGGGGCCAACCUUCGCGAUUUGUUUUGGCCCGAGGGCUCCAGCUUCAGGUGAAGAUGUCCAGGGCGACGAAGAGGAAGCACGUCACCAAGGAGUGGCUCACGCAGGAGUUCAGACUCCCGAAAGAUGGAGAGACGAUCGUCCGCCACUGCGAGAGCCGGGGCAACAACCUCCACUGCGUCGUCGACAAAGACGGCGAGUCCUUCCUCGUCUCCAUGCCGAACAAGUUCAGGCGGAGUCUCUGGGUGAAACGGGGCCAGUUCCUCCUCAUAGACCCGAUCAAAGAAGGGGACAAAGUGAAAGGAGAGAUCGUGACCAUCAUCGACCAGCCGUUCAGGCGGUUCCUCGAGACGAACAACGUCUGGCCGGCCACGUUCCGGGCGGAGGGGGCCGUCGACGACACCACCAGCGAGGAUGAGGACGACGUCGAAGGUGCUGUCGCCGCCCCCGGAUCGCCGAGGCUAUACCAAAACACGAAUCGACGCAAUUUCCAUUUUCUCAACUCGUCGUCAGAAGAUUCUGAGUGAACGAUACUUCGAACUUAUAAUCAAAUUUUGUAUAUUUUUGUAUAAUACAUUUUUCCCUUUUCAUCAUU